AUGAAGGUCGCUUCGCCGGAGUCACCAAAUCGCCAACCAACCGGCCGCAUCUUCGUUUCAUUAUCGGAGAUUCUAUCUCAACUAUCAAAGCAAGCCAUCCGUUUAAAGGGAAAGGCGAAAGCAACGAUGAUCAAAUACGGUGAAUGGAGAGUCGAUCUCAAGGCGCCGAAAUCGGUAUUGUUGAAAUUCGGGAAGAAAAAGACGACGAAGAAGAAGCAGCCGGAGGAAGAGGACGACGAAUGGGGAAACGGCGCCAUUUGGCAGAAGGAGAUAUUGAUGGGAGGAAAAUGCCAGCCGUUGGAUUUAUCCGGCGUUAUUUAUUAUGAUGUUAACGGUAAACAGACGACGGAAUUUUCUCUCCGGUCACCACGCACUAGUCUUUCGCCUGAUUAUGUCACGCGCCGGUGA